ACAAAAGGGGCAUCGAUGUGAUCCAAUACGCACCGGUCCUCUCUAAUAACCAUGUCUCGCGCACCUUAAAGAUGCAGGAGGCUCUGACCUUCUUCUCCCUUUUCAUACUCUAUACCGUUCCCGGGACAAGCGGGCAAAUUCUUUGUCCCGAUCCUACUGAAAUCUUCCCCUGCACUUGCUCCCAUUCUGGAACCGAGUUCACUGCGAAUGUGGACUGUUCGGAGGCGACUUCGAGUGACGACAUCUACUCUGCCUUCAACGACGUUGCCUGGCCCGUCCAAAAUCUCCGACAGUUUCUUCUGGAAGGGAACAGUGACGUUUCAGUGCUGCCCGAAGGAGCUUUCGGCGAUAUCAGUUUCGAGGAAAUCGUCGUCUUCCAGACCUCCGUGGCCAGCCUCCAUUCCACGGCCUUGUUACCCUCGAAAGAUCGACUUUGGAGGUUGACUAUCUUGGAGAGUUCCUUAGAAGAAUUCCCUUGGGAGAUCCUCCCUCAACUUAUCAACCUCACGCACAUCUAUAUGUCAGGAAAUGCAUUGACCAGUUUGCCGCCACUUCAAAGUGCAAGUCUCCAACACUUAUCCCUCUGGAAAAAUGUAAUAUCUCACGUCGAGGCAGGAUGGUCUCUCCCAAAUCUCAGAUCUCUCAGCUUGAGUUACAAUCAUGCCCUAGAUGUCCCAACUGGAUUCUUCAUCGACAUGGGAAAAUUAGAGGAAUUUUAUUGUACCUCCUGUGCCUUAGGACCAACACUGUCGACCAAGUCUCUGGAAUUCCGCAGUGCAACCAUGAAAGUGAUUAACAUAGAUAGCAACUCAAUCUCAACUCUGGAUGCGGAUGCGAUCACAGGUUUGCAGCCCAACACGUUUCUAUAUUUUAGGGGGAACGAAAUUCGGGAAUUGACGGAGGUAUCAUUUCGCCCCAUGCUGGAGGUGCUCUCAGUGGGCACUGGGCACAUCGAUAUAGGCGCUAACCCCGUGAAGUGUGACUGCAGCAUAGCAUGGGUAGUGCUCAAUCCUUCCUUUUUGGGAAGCGUGUGGGGUAGAUGCACGGAUGGAACGUAUUUUCAAGACUUGGAUCCGAUCAUUUUUGAAGACUGCGCUAGGAGCGAGCAUACUUCAGUAGAUGACUAUUCCACUUGCAUCGACUCCAGAAUGAAGUAAAUGUGGAAACAUGGUGGAAUAAAUUGUUUUUUUUCCUUGGCUCCAUGAAUCUGUC